CUAGCUUUUGUGGUUGUAUCCUCAAAAGGUCGUCACUAGAUUAGAAUGUGAAGAAAAAUUGUCUGGAUAUAGCAUUAAUCAUAAAACUACUACUGGCCCAAAGGAGCUUUCCAUGGAUCAUACAUAUGCUAUUGGGAAUAAGACUUUCCAUAUUUCAGGAACCACAACAAGUCCAUCCCCAAUGAAGAAGAUUGUCUCUGAUUUGAUGCUAAGUGAUGCAAAACAUAUUGUGGCUAAGCUGAAUUCCAAAAUUUCAAGUGAGUCAAUCAAAGAAGAAAGAAUGAGCACGCCACAGGAACCAGUACAACAGGAGAAACCGUAUUCAUAUAAAGAGACUAUAUUUGACAAGACCCAAUCAUCAAAAGAAAUUGAUUCGUUAAUGAAUACCAGUAAUGGUGCCUUGAACAAGGAAGAUGACAAAAGCCAUGCGUCUGAGGAAGAGAGACUCCUAACUGAAAUCCAAGAGGAGAAAAGAACACUAGAAGAAUUAAAAGGGGCUAUUGAUAAAUACCUUCCACUCUCACUGAAUAUGGCUAAUAUCCCAGAAUCUUCAAAGGAAGACGAAGAUUAUUAUGGAGAAGAUUCUGGAAAAGACGAAGACUGUUUCAUAUUGCCAGGUUCUCUGCCAAGCAAUCUUCAGCCACAGACAUAUAAGACUCUUAAAGAAAAUAUCAGAAGUGCUAGGAACAACAUUAGAAAAUUCUUGUACCAGCUCUAUGAAACAAUUGAAUUGACUUAUCAAAGCAUGCAAGAUUCUGGGGAUCAGAAGAAUUGCCAUAAGGCACUAUUUGAGCUGUGGAUCGAGUGGAGCAAGAGCCAAUCUGAAAAUGCUGAUGAUACACAGCUCCUGGAAACCCGGACUCUGGGUAUGUCCAGUAACAUUGCCCUAAAAUUACAUUCUGCCUUCAUGGACCUCAUGCCAAAAAUCCAAGGUCUCCCAAACAGCCUACAAGACAAGCUCCAACAAGCCUGUUUUGAUAUGCAGGAUCUUCAUACCACUUUUGCCAUAAGUAAUGGGUUUGGUGAUCUAGACAAACGUCAUCUAAUCCAGAGCCAGUUUAAAUUGACCCAAGCCCAGAAAAAUAUAGAAGAAUUGUUUUGUUUCUUAGAAGAUGAUAUGCCUUCUGGUUGGAUUAUAGGACCAAUUUCUCCCUCUGAAUAUCCCUUGCUAGAAGGGGUAACACUCCCUAAAGAAAAAGAAUCCUGAAUUGUGGUAUGCAAUCGGGCUGAUAGUUUGCCAGGAAUCUGGAAGUAUCUUGUGAUAGUUUAUGGUUAAUAACUAUACUCUGUAUACUUCUUGAAUUAUGCAAAUAAAAUUGCAUUGAAAACUAA